UUCCAGCUCAGCGUGUGAAGGGGGGGAUUUGGGGGGAGGGUAACGGCUCCGCUGGGUCCGCUCGCACCGCGCUGGAGAUCGCCUCGAGACGGGGGCAGCGGCUGGGCGCAGUCUCGGGGCGGCGGCGGCGCGAGGCGGGCGGGAGUGGCUGAACCCCCCGCGAGGCUCCGUCCCCAGCGCUCCGUCCCCCUGCCCGGCCGGCCCCGCCGCUCUCAUCCCCCUCGGCAGCAGGCGGGAGGAUGCGCCGCCGCCUCCUUGCCGGGGGAGGCAGAAGGGGGAGACGAUGAGGAAGCCGCCCCGCCGGCUCCUGGCCCUGGGUUCCUGCCUCUUCUUCUGCAGCUCCCUUCUCUGGCUUCCCAGCUGGCAUGUUUUUUGUAAGGAGAGCCCUUCAUCUACAUCACAGUACUCUCCAGAUAACUAUGCCCAGGCAAAUGAGGAUGAGAACAUCCAGGAAAAGGAGGAAACAGGCAGGCCCAUUGGAACAGAGUCUUUAGAACAUGUGGACUCAAAUAUACACAAUUAUCCUGGAGAAACUGAUUUACUUGAUGACUGCACAAAAGAAGACCAGACUACAGAAAUGGGUGAAUUAAGUCUGCCUCAGGUUGAGACACUACCUUCAGUAGACUUAAAUGAAGCUUCUUCUAGCAUAGCAGCAAGCAUUGAAAACAUUUCCAGUUCAUCUACCUCAGAGAUCUCUCCAGUCUCGCAGCCUGAUGCAAUAGAAAAUUCCCGUGCUGAUAUCCCUGUAGUCAGCUCUAGUGAAGCUGAGCAGUCAGAACCUGACUGUGAUAUUGGUGGGGCACUUGAGGCUGACCCUCAGAGUGAGCCUUCCUCUUUUGUCAGUCCACCAGAGAGCCUUGUGGGUCAGCAUAUAGAGAACAUCUCUUCUUCACAUGGCAAGGGAAAGAUGACUAAAUCUGACUUUGAGUCAAAGGUUGCAGCAUCUGAAAAUGGGCCAAAGAAGGCAAAAUCUGCUUUGAAUGCUUCAGAUAACUUGAAAAGGGAGAAGGACUAUAAAGCAGGAGAAAUUGACCCUACAUCAGUAAUAACCCCAAAGGACCCAGGAGACAUUCCAACAUUUGAUGAGUGGAAGAAGAAGGUUAUGGAAGUAGAAAAAGAAAAAAGUCAAUCGAUGCACCCAUCCUCUAAUGGAGGACAGCAUGCUACAAAAAAGGUUCAGAAAAACAGAAAUAACUAUGCCUCGGUAGAGUGUGGUGCCAAAAUACUUGCUGCGAAUCCAGAAGCAAAGAGCACAUCAGCAAUUCUGAUAGAAAACAUGGACCUCUAUAUGCUAAAUCCAUGCAGUACUAAAAUCUGGUUCGUUAUUGAGCUCUGUGAACCAAUUCAAGUAAAGCAGCUUGACAUUGCAAAUCAUGAAUUAUUUUCAUCUACUCCUAAAGACUUCCUGGUGUCCAUUAGCGACAGGUACCCAACAAAUAAAUGGAUUAAAUUAGGUACUUUUCAUGCUAGAGAUGAGAGAAUUGUCCAAAGCUUUCCUUUGGAUGAACAGAUGUAUGCGAAAUACGUUAAGAUGUUCAUCAAGUACAUAAAGGUGGAGUUGGUAUCACAUUUUGGAUCAGAACACUUUUGUCCUCUAAGCCUUAUAAGGGUGUUUGGCACUAGUAUGGUUGAAGAAUAUGAAGAAAUUGCUGACUCUCAAUACCAAUCAGAACGACAAGAGCUGUUUGAUGAAGACUAUGAUUAUCCAUUGGAUUACAAUACAGGGGAAGAAAAAUCUUCAAAAAAUCUCCUUGGCUCUGCUACUAAUGCCAUUCUAAAUAUGGUGAAUAUUGCUGCUAAUAUACUUGGAGCAAAAACAGAAGAGAUUUCUGAAGCUGAAGGAAAUAACAGUAUGUCUGAAAAUACCACUGUUGCUGCUGCCACUGCCACUUCAACAGAUGCACCAAAACUGCCUGAACCAACCCUUCUUCCUUCACCAGAGCUUGUAACUACAGAGCUACCACAAGUAGAUAAGGAACAAUUAGUCCUGGAAUUAACAAAGGAGAGCCCCAUUGUUCAGCUAGUUCAAGAGUAUGAAGAGGAGGCAAGUCAGUCAACGGUGACCCUGCUGCCUAGUGAUGAACAAGAGGAAGAAACAUCAACAUGGUUUGAAUCUGAGACAGAAAUCUAUUGCUGUGAGCUGGUGACGGUUUGUUGUAUUUCUAGCUUUUCAGAAUAUCUCUAUAAGUGGUGUUCAGCUGCAGAAGCUGUUCAUCGACAACGUAGCAAAACUUCUGAGAGCAAGCAAGGGGAUUACUCUGUUACCAUUCAGCAUUCACAACCAGUUCCAACAGAAUCUUCAAAUGUUUCAAUAGAUGAGUCUCUGCCUGAGAAACUAGACGGUGAAAUUACAGGGAGAGUACCUGGAUCUACUAUUGCAAGUGACUUAAGCAGUGUACUCCAUGAGGAUAUCACUAACCAGACUAUAGAUUCUAUUGAAUUGGAACCCAGUCAUCCUCAGACUGUCUCUCAAUCUCUCCCCUUAGAAGUUACUUCUGAAAUUAAGCCAUUAUCUACAAUGGAGGUCUCCUUGGAGCCUACAAAACAUGAGGCAGCACAGUUAACUUCCCAGAUAAUUCCCCAAGAGGAUACUGUUGAGAUACAUACUGAAGCAGAAAAGAAAGCUGAGAGUUCUGUUUCUGAGAAACAUUCUGUGGUCUCUGAAACAAACGUUGUCAGUGAAUUCAAGGAGAUCAGCACAAGAGACACAGAUUCUGUCCAAAUCCUCUCAAAACCUACAGAGACUAUACCACAGCCUGAAUAUACAAUGGCAACAGUAGGUGAUGUUGGGGAAGCAAAAGUGAGUGCUUCAGAAAUGCAGAAGCAAGUACUGUCUCCUGUGGUAGAAUCUUCUGCAUCAACUGAAAUAAAAUAUGAUGAGCAAACAACUGAAGAAGCUUUUCUAGCUAUUCCUGUUUCUGGUGGACAGCAGAGAAUGGCUACAGAUUUCUAUGCUGAAUUGCAGAAUUCCACAGAUCUAGGUUAUACUAAUGGAAAUCUUGUUCAUGGAUCUAAUCAAAAGGAGUCUGUAUUUAUGAGACUUAAUAAUCGUAUUAAAGCCCUGGAAGUAAACAUGUCUCUCAGCAGCCGCUAUUUAGAAGAACUUAGUCAAAGGUACCGAAAGCAAAUGGAAGAAAUGCAGAAGGCUUUCAAUAAGACUAUAGUAAAGCUUCAGAAUACUUCAAGAAUAGCAGAAGAGCAGGAUCAGCGGCAAACAGAAGCCAUCCAACUGCUACAAGCACAGCUGACCAACAUGACACAGCUAGUUUCCAAUCUGUCAAGAACUGUGGUUGAACUAAAACAUGAGGUGUCUGACCGACAAAGCUAUCUUGUGAUCUCUUUGGUUCUCUGUGUCAUCCUGGGUUUGAUGCUUUGUAUGCAGCGUUGCAGAAAUACAUCUCAGUUCAAUGAAGAUUACCUCUCAAAAAUCCCCAAAAGUAAUCACUACCCAAGCCCCAAAAGAUGUUUUUCCUCCUAUGAUGAUAUGAAUCUGAAAAGAAGAACUUCUUUUCCACUUGUCAGGUCCCAAUCUUUUCAACUAACUAGCAAAGAAGUGGAUCCAGAUGACUUCUACAUUGUAGAACCUCUGAAGUUUUCACCAGAAAAAAAGAAGAAACGUUGCAAAUAUAAAAGUGAAAAGAUUGAGACUAUCAAACCAGCAUCAGAGCCUCUGCAUCCAUUAGCCAAUGGGGAAAUAAAAGGAAGGAAACCCUUUACGAACCAGAGAGAUUUCUCUAAUAUUGGAGAGGUAUAUCACUCCUCAUAUAAAGGUCCGCCAUCUGAAGGAAGCUCAGAAACCUCAUCACAAUCUGAGGAAUCCUAUUUUUGUGGCAUUUCAGCAUGCACAACUCUGUGCAAUGGACAGACCCAAAAGACAAAAACUGAGAAGAGGGCUUUAAAACGAAGGAGGUCUAAGGUUCCAGACCAAGGGAAGUUCAUAAAAACUCUAAUACAGACUAAGACAGGGUCAAUGCCAAGCCUGCAUGACAUAAUCAAAGGAAACAAGGAUAUAACAGUAGGAACACUUGGUGUCACAGCAGUUUCUGGACAAAUCUAAAACUAGUUGAACUUCUCAUACAGGAGAUUUUUUUGUUCAUCUGAGAACAGUCUGUAUCUUGUAAGAGAGUGGUGGGAGAAGAGAUGAACUAACUGGAAAGUAUUCAGAAAUUAUGGUUUCUGCCUUUUUUAAAUAGAUGGGAUUGUGUCAAUCUUGGUUAUGAGUUUCAGCUUUACAAGGCUGACGACUUCCUAUGUGGACAGCUUGGGGGUGGGAGGGAUCGUUUUAUAAAACUUUUUUCACAAUUACUGGGGCAAAGAUUGUUGAAGCCCUGUUUGUUGGGUGGAAUAGGGAUAAAAGCUUAAUCCUCUUCCUUUAGCUUUGUUCCUAUUUCUUGCACCUUCCCGUAUUUAUGUGCCUUUUGUCUAUUUAUAAUGCCACUGGAAGAGGGAGAAAGAUAAAACUGUCAUUUGAUUUCUUUUGUAACUUCUCUCGCUUUUUUGAGGAUGCAACACUACAGUGCUGUAAAAGGACGUGUUGGCGUUCAGCUGGACUCAGUAAUGUGGGCUGGAUACUGUAGAAAUACUAACAUGGUAGACUUGCUGAUUAGAUCUCAGUUUUGAAAACUCACUUGGGGAAAAUAUCUUGUUAGAAGGAAUUGUAAUGCCAUUAAUUGCAUUUUUAAUCAAUUUCAGAUGUGUAUUUUAUUUAGACGCGUUACAUUAAUGACAGCUGUACAGUAACACUCGCUGUAUGUGAAGGAUCUCAUACUGACAAACAUGCCUUUGUUUCCCAGACCGACUUUCGGAAUUCUCUGUUACAAUAUUUAACCAAAAAGGAUUGAUGCUUUAUUUUGGUCACUCUGUUUUCUGUUCUAAGAAUUUGGAAAUUGGGGCCUAUCUACAAGGAGAAAUGUAAGGGUGACUAGGUACAGCUGAAGAUAUAACUAUCCUAACCAGUGCUGGGUACAAGUGCACAUGACAAAUGAAAGUGAGUUUGCCAAGCCUUGAUGAAGUCUAACAGCUCAAGUCUAUUUAAAAGUGGAUAUUUCCAUAAAGUUUGCUUUUGUAUUGGCUAACACAUGUGCAGUGUGUGUGUGUGUGUGUGUAUGUUUUGGUACUUUCAUAUCUGAGUGUUUUUUAUUUUGACCAUGAUUGUAUAUUUGGAUAAAAUAGAAUGUGUGACUGCAUAAAAUGUUAUGAAUGUGUAGCUGAGUGAAUGGGACAAAAGGUUAUUCCUUUUUGAAAGGAGUUAUAGGUUCAUGUUGUAAAACUAAGUUAACUUAUUAAGCACUUUUAGUGGUACCCUUUUUUAAACAGAUCGAAUGCCUUUUCUGGGUAUUGUAUGUAAUGUGACUUAUUUAAAGCCUUUGUUUUUGCUGCUUUCAUGUUAGUUUAUAAAUACUUUAAAGUGAUGUACUUUUUCAGUCGGUCUGCACAAUUAGCCAUUCAGAGCACAUGGAUCUGAUUUAUAGAACAUGUAAUUGGAAAAAGCUCCAAACAAGAAUGAAGAAAAAAUGUUUAUACUAUCUGAGUGCAGCAUACAACAUUGUGGAACAAGAAUAUGUAACUACAGAGCUGUAGUGCCAUUAGAAACUGUGAAUUUCCAAAUAAAUCUGAACACUUGUCUUAUAAA